AUAGGUAUCAUUUGAAGCAGACACUCAGACAGCAGACACGACUGACUGACCGACUUACUUAACAGCCAAAACAGUUUCCCUAAGACUACGAGUCCCUUGUUCCAAGUUGACACACACCAAACAUAGAACAACAUAGAUAGAAGAAAGAAGAGUAACGAUAAUCGGCCAAUGAAGAAACGAAAAACAAAGCAAAACAGAACACGAACCUGCCUUGCUGAAUUUCCUUUUACAAAGAACGUGCAAUUGUGAUCUUUUGAUAUUUGAACUAGGUUUCCAUGUGCAAGUCCAAGAAGAGCACCAACGCCGUACAACCAAUGAACAGAUUCAGAAACAAAAGCAGAACCCAACCUCAACGAUCAACCUCCACUUCUUCUCCAUCAGCACCACCACCCCUAAACACUAACUACCCUUCAUCCUCCUCCGAAGUCGCCAUCACCGAAUCAACAAGUUACGUUUUCAACCACAGAGAUAACAACGAUUGGUCCAAAUCUUAUUCCAUUUCAAGCAGCAUCGCCUCCCUCUCCAGCCUCAAAAACACUCUCCCUGAGAACCCUCACAUCUACGAUAUCUCCGAGAUCGCUGCCGCAACCGCCAAUUUCACCUCCGAAUCCCACCGCCGCCUUUCCAAUUCUUCGUGGCGAUGCUCCCUUCGGGACAGAGAUGUUGUUGUUUUUCAGCGCAAGUUUCGAAGCCUCAUGGACAUCCCGGAGCUCCGCCACCGUCUCGCGUUGAUCUGCCGGAGCCACCACAGUAGUCUUGUCAAGCUCCUUGGUGCUUCCGUCUCCGGCAAUUACAUCUAUCUGGUGUAUGAAUUUGUUCCCGGAGCCAGCCUCGCCGAUUGCCUACGCAGCCGCCGGAACCCUAGCUUCACGAACUUGCCGACGUGGAUUUCGAGGAUGCAGAUCGCAUCCGAUAUCGCGCACGGACUUGAUUAUGUUCACAAUUUCUCCGGCUCCGAUUCCGGUGCCUGUGCUGGAUCAGGAUUCGUACAUAACCACAUCAAGAGCUCCAGCAUCGUGGUGGCGGAGGCGGAGGACGGUGUCCUCCGAGGCAAGAUCUGCCACUUCGGGACCUCUGAUCUCUGCGGCGAGGCCGUUGAUGGCGGCUCUGACGGCUCCAUCGAGAAAUUGAGGAGGUCCCGCAGCCGAACGGUGAAGUUUGAGGGGACGAGGGGGUACAUGGCACCGGAAUUUCAGAUCACCGGCGUUGCGACGCAGAAGACUGACGUGUACGCGUUCGGAGUGGUGGUUCUGGAGCUGCUGAGCGGCGAUGAGGCGUUGAGAUUCGAAUUCGACGGCGAUGACGGCGAGUCUUAUCGGAGGGUGAGUGUGGUGGAUUCGGCGAGGGUGACGGCGAAGGAGCACGGCGGGGCGAGGAAGUGGGUAGAUAAGAGGCUUAGAGAUUCGUUUCCUGUUGACGUGGCAGAGAAGAUGAUUCGGGUCGGGCUAGAAUGUGUUGGAGAGGAUCCGAAUGAAAGACCCGAUAUGGGUCGGGUCGCAGUUGAAGUUUCCAAGUUGUAUUUAGAAUCACAGAAGUGGGUUGAGAAAAUGGGAACCGAUAUUGACUUUACGGUUUCAUUGGCGCCUCGGUGAUUUUUUCGUUUUAAUUUAUUUUUCUUUUGAAAAAAUUGAUUAAUCUCCAUUUUUUUAUUAUUAUAUUUGAGUUUUA